AUUUCUUUUUUCUUUCAACGUUAACGUUACACCUCUCUCUCAUUUUUGUAGCUAUUUCACCCUCCUCCUCUCUCUCUAUUCACUAUUCCACCAUCAGAUCUGGUACUGGGAGGAGGGUGGUAUAAUCACACCUCAUCAGAAUCACUUGAAGGGUGCUCGUUUUUUAUAGAGUACCUGGCCUGCUAAGUAUACUCCAAAAUGAAGAAGGCCUUUGGUCAAACUGUGAGAGACAUCAAGCGAGGGGUGAACAAAAAAGUUCUUAAGGUCCCCUCAAUAGAACAAAAAGUGCUUGAUGCGACUAGCAAUGAGCCCUGGGGUCCUCAUGGAUCACUUCUUGCAGAUAUAGCUCAGGCUUCAAGAAACUAUCAUGAGUACCAAAUGAUUAUGGCUGUAAUUUGGAAGCGUAUCAGUGAUACUGGAAAGAAUUGGCGGCAUGUGUACAAGGCUUUAACUAUUUUGGAUUAUUUAGUAGCCAGUGGGUCUGAGCGCGUCAUAGAUGAAAUAAGGGAACAUGUAUACCAGAUAUCUACAUUAUCCGAUUUUCAAUACAUUGACUCUAGUGGAAGAGAUCAAGGAAGCAAUGUGAGAAAGAAAUCUCAGAGUCUUGUCGUUCUUGUAAAUGAUAAGGAGAGGAUUCAAGAAGUCCGCCAAAAGGCAGCUACCAAUAGGGACAAAUUCCGCAACACAUCAGUGGGUGAUAUGCAUCAACCUGGUUCGUAUUCAAGUUCAGGAGGAUAUGGUGACAGAUAUGAAGAGGAUCGUUACGGAGGCAGAGAUGAAGAGAGAAAUGGUUAUGGAAGAGAUGAGGAAAAAUAUGGCAGGUAUGGUGACUCAUACAGCCGUGAUGGGGAUCGCUAUGGUAGAGGUUAUGAUGAACGCAGCCGAGAUGGAAACAAGGAUGAUGAUCAUCGUGGAAGAAGUCGAAGUGUAGAUGAUUAUAGUUAUGACUCAAGAAGUAGGAGCUCUGACAGAGACAAAAAUCGUGCUUAUGAUGAUGAUGAUGGUCAAUAUUCUUCUAGAGGAAGUGGUGCAAGGGCUGAGGAUCGUUCUCAAGAUGGAAGUGUCACUGAUAUGCGGCUAGAAAGAAGGUUUUCUGAACAAAACCUUGAUGCACCUCCCAGUUAUGAGGAAGCUAUUGGUGCAUCACGAAGCCCCACACAUAGUGAAAGGAAUGGGGAAACACCUUCAGCAUCUGCUCCUAAAUCUUCUUCUCCUCAUUCAAUUGGGAGUCCAAACCAAGCAACCACCCCUGCUCCUGCUCCAACUGCUGCUUCAUUGCCCACUCCAGCACCAGCUGCUGCUUCACCAGAGAAGAAGGAUAUUGAGAGUUUUGAUGAAUUUGAUCCCCGGGCUUCUUUUUCAGUGGCCGGAGCUCAAUCGAAUGGUGCCAUGCCGACUACUUCCGGUGGCACUGAAGUGGAUUUACUUGGGUCCUUAUCUGAGCCAUUUUCCUCCAAUUCAUUAGCCCUUGUAUCAGCAACUACAACCACCUCUGACGUUAAUCCUUUUGGGCCUACUAGUUCUGAACCUAUGUUUGGCGGAGCAUCACCUGCAGCUUCUGUCCCUAACCAGAUGUUUGAGGAUCCUUUUGGUGAUGGUCCGUUCAAAGCUGUACCGACCUCAGAGACAGUGCAAAUUCAUCCGCAGAACAUUGCUCCUCCAUCUUUCCUUCCUAACUCAAAUCAAAGUGCUGAGGUUUUUCUGUCAGUCCCUCAGAGUGCUGAGGUCCCGAGUACAACAUAUGCAGCACCCAAUUAUGCUCAGCUGGAGCUGUCCACAUCCAACCAUGAUAUUGAUAUAUUGGCUGAUAUUCUCCCGCCUUCUGCUCCUUCACAUUCUGUGCAUCCCUCGAAUGACCAUGCAAUCCCAAGUGGCCAACUUGCGGCACAGACAGGUUUUCCAUCUGACAGUUGGCUAGCUGCACAGCCAACAGGUCAUGCUGCUUCACUAACAGGUUUUGCAGCUCAACCUGGUUUACAGUCACCGCAAACAAGUUUUCCCAUCCAUGGGCAACCUGUAUCUCAGAUUGGGUUCUCUGCUCAAACGAGCCAUUCUCCAUCUUUUGGUGGUUAUUCGGUUCCACCUGGCCAAACACCACAGACAAGUUUUGGGCCGCAAAAUGGCCCUGCAUCUCUUAAUGGCUUCCCAUCUGCAUCGGGUUCAUUUCCCCACCCUGGAAUUCAGGUCACUGCUGGUCACUCUAUGCAGACUACUGCUAACUUUGGAGGCUACAGCACAGGAUUGGGAUCUACAGGUUCAGUUGGUAUGCAAAUGGGUCAAACUCCCACUGGAUCAUCUUUCUUUGCGCAGCCAGCUACAGCAUCCGAUAUACCUUCACAAAUGAAUUUUCAAUAUUCACAAAAUCAAACAAGUAAUUUAUCAGUACCCUCACAGUCUACUCCAGUUUCAACAGCUCUCAUCAGCAGCAACCAGCCAGCCAAAGACAAAUUUGAGACAAAAUCUACCGUUUGGGCAGAUACGCUGAGCCGUGGAUUGGUCAAUUUGAACAUUUCUGGACCUAAGACAAAUCCUUUAGCUGAUAUUGGAGUGGAUUUUGAUGCUAUUAACCGCAAGGAGAAGAGGAUGGAGAAACCUAGUACAGCCCCUGUGACAUCAACUGUUACCAUGGGCAAAGCAAUGGGUUCGGGUUCUGGUAUUGGUCGUGCUGGCGCAGGUGCUCUAAGGCCUUCAUCAAAUCCAAUGGUAGGGUCUGGCAUGGGCAUGGGAAUGGGUAUGGGUGCUGGUGCUCCUGGAGCGAGUGCGGGCAUGGGAGUAUAUGGAGUAAACCAGCCUAUGGGAAUGGGCAUGGGAAUGGGGAUGAAUAGACCAAUGAACAUGGGAAUGGGCAUGAACUUGGGGCAAGGAGUCCACAUGCAACAGCCAACUGGAUUUCCUCCUGGAUCUACCAUGCCAGGAGGCUACAACCCCAUGAUGGGCAACGGUAACUAUGGCCAACAAUCAUUCGGUGGUGGAUACCAAUGAGCUUAAGCCUGUCAAUUCGGAAAGUACAGAAUGUUUCCUAGUGAAUAGCCUGUUGAGCUCACCAUCUGUUGUAGAGUCCAUACUUUUGGGUUUUACAUGUAGUUUUUGCGGAUAAGAGGUUAGAGUUGUAUCUUAAUUCAUUCUUUCAGCAUUGUUCUAUAGUUGCAUUACCAAUGUCCCCUAUUUUGGGUCAGAGAGCGCUUGCAUAGAUGACUCAAACAUUGUUUAGUUGUGUACAAUUGAGGAUCACCUAUCUCAGGUGUCCUCUUUUUUUGCAAUUCGAUCCAUAUAUACAUGUAGAUUUUUUGGAGUCAUUGACUAUGGAACACCAGAUUGUUGAACAAUAAUAUGAUCAUUCAUUUUAUGUAUU